AUGGGGCUGUUUCACUCUCAAUCGUCUUCCUCUCCUUUAAAAAUGAAUAUGGGGAACUCCAUCACCGACCAAACGGACCUUUCUUUCCUGCUUGCUAAACACGUUUUCUCCAGAGAGAUUACAGGUGAUUCGAACCUGGUGUUCUCUCCUCUCUCAAUUCAAUUAGUCCUUAGCCUAGUUGCCGCUGGCUCUAAGGGUCCAACACAGAACCAGCUGCUCUGUUUCCUCAAAUCCAAAUCUAUUAAUGACCUCAACUCACUUUACUCUCAUCUUGUCGAUAUCAUUUUUGUUGAUGGCAGCUCCGGAGGAGGUCCACGUUUGUCGGUUGCAAAUGGUGUUUGGAUCGAUCGAUCACUUUCUCUGAAGCCUUUUUUCAAACAGGUGGUGGACAAAGUUUACAAGGCAACUUCCAUGCAAAAGGCUUUCACAAUGGAACACCAGAACUCCAAUUUGUUUGGAGAAGGAACCUUUUUGCUAUGUAUUAACAUUGACAAAAACACAGAGAAAGAUUUACAACUAGCUGUAGAAGCUGCAUCAAAGCGCUUAGUAGACGAAAAACUAGAAGUGGUGGACUUCACGAGCCAUGUCAACGUCUCAGCUGACAUAAAACAAAAACUUCAGCUCUAG